UUACCGUCUCCUGGCGCUCGUAUAUAAACAGAAGGCUACUCACUUUCCAGAGUUCCAGUUUGAUUCUGAGGAUCGAAGAAUGGAGAUCGUUCGGUCUCAGAGAAAAACUCCCGCUGCCGAUGUUGUUCCAACUCUCCCUACCUACCGCUCCGCUCCUCCACUCGAAGUCAGACUCGAAGAUUUUGAGCUUUUCGCAAUCGAUCGCCUCCGAGUUCUUAAAGGUAUUUCUGAUGGAUUGUCCCGAGGAAAGAAACCUGAAGAAAUGGAGAAAUUGGUGAGGGAUCUAUGGAAGGCAAAUAUGAGGCAUCCCCAAACAUCUGAGGUUGUCAACAAGGAUAUUAUUUCCCACUUUGUUCUCCGCCUUGUCUAUUGUAGGACGGAGGACUUGAGAAAAUGGUUUCUUUCAAUGGAGACUUCCCUUUUUCGGUACCGUUUUCGGCUUGAAAGCUCUGAAGCGCAGAGGGCAUUAAUGGCAGAGUUUGACCUUCCCUGCAAAGCAGUCAGCAAUACAGAAUUUGAGACUGUGAAGGAAAAGUUGGUCCAAGUUGCACGUUCCAUCAGUCCGCAAUUUUCCACUGGUGAUGCUAUAUUUUUCAAGGUGCCCUUUGAAGAAGUUCCAGAACUUGUAUCCAGUCGUAGAGUAUUCAUUCGUAAAGGGCAUGCAUAUGUUGCUAUGAAUCAAGUGGUUUCACUUCUUGUCACACAAUUCCGUAGCCAUCUAUCGAAGGCUCUUGCAUUGACAAACAGGAAAUGGACAUCCAAUAUCAGAGAGCGAGAGAAGGAUCGAUUGACUCCUGUUGUGGAAGCCCUCUGCUCAAGUUAUUUGGGUCCUGACUAUUCUCAGCCUAAGGAAUUUGCAGAGAUAUCAAUAAAAGACAUUGAUCAAGUAGCCAAUAGUUCAUUUCCUCUGUGUAUGCAUCAUCUUUUUGAAAAGCUAAGAGAGGACCAUCAUUUAAAGCAUGGAGGGAGGCUGCAAUUGGGCCUUUUUCUCAAGGGUGUUGGAUUGAAGUUGGAUGAUGCCCUUGCAUUUUGGAAGGCCGAGUUCUCUCAAAAGGUUGGUGCUGAAAGGUUUGACAAAGAAUAUGCUUACACCAUACGCCAUAGUUAUGGAAGAGAAGGGAAGAGAACGGAUUAUACACCUUAUUCUUGUCAAAAAAUAAUCUCAUCAACUCCUGGCGUUGGAGACCAUCAUGGCUGUCCAUAUCGACAUUUCAGUGAGGACAACUUGAGAGCUGCCCUUGCUAAAAUGGGAGUGAGUACUCGUGCUGUGGAGGAUGUGAUGGACAAAGUGCGAAAUAGACAUUAUCAGUUGGCAUGCACUUUAACAUUUGAAGCUGUUCAUGUUUCAUCCUGUGAUGCUGGAAUUAAUCAUCCAAACCAGUACUUCAUUGAAAGCCAAAAGAUUCUGCAGUCAAAGAAUCAUUCCACAGAGUGAUCCAAGUUUUUUAGGACUUCAUUAAAGUCCGGUAAUGAUGCUGCACUACCACCCAGGUGCGCCUUCUGGGACAAAGCCCCCUUAGCUCUCUCUCUCUCUCUCUGCAUUAUAUAUAUACUUAGAAGUUAGCUAAAGAACCUAUAAUUAUAAAUUAAAACUAAUUUAAAAGCUGGAGCACCGCCAAAUGCUCUGCUUGUUUAAACUUUUAACCUAUGAAACAGACCCCACCAACUUUUAUAAUCAUCCACAUCCUUUUAUGCUUUGAGGAACUGCUGCACCCCCCUCCCCCCUCCCCCCUCGUGUCGCUUUUUCCUCCCUUGCCCAUUAAUUAAAUGAUGACGAUAUGCAGCUAACCCAAAGUGGGAAGUAGCUGGAAAAAGUGGUAGGUCGUGCUUUUUUAAAAAUGCGCUUCCAGCAUCCCGUGUGAACUGUUUUGUUUUUAUUCCCCAUUUUAAAAAAAAAAAAUAUGCAUCAUAAGCACACAGCGUCGGUAGACGGUGGUUGAUCCUACAUUUUUUUUUUUUUUUCUUUUUUCCCUGUCAUUUCUAAUAGGAUCGGGGGUGGGGGUUGGCUGAAUGUAAAAAAAAUUCUCCAGAUGCCCGCACUUGGUCUUGGGUGUGGCUAGUGAGUUUAAAUAGAAUCCAAUUCGGAUUGGUCCCUUGGUGGAUAUGUUGUACACUUGUUGGAUCGAGUCUCAUCCAUUGUCUGAUAUUUUUCCUCUCAAGUUCACCUUGUUGCCCCUUGGGGUAGGGGUAGGGGUAGGCCAAGAAUUUUUUCUUUUUUAAAAAAAUAAUAAUAAUCUGAAUUACAACACCAAAUUAAGCUGAAUGGAAAAAAAAUAAAAAUAAAAAAUCGAGACUUCUGUUGUGGGUUCAUUUUUGAAAAAAAUUUAGUUGGUUUGGUUUCUUUUAGGCAAGCCCAGUGGUUGCAACUAAUUGAGUCCUUCAUGUAAUUCCAUGCAUAUUUUAAGCGACCAAUAUAUAUUUAAUUUUUUUAAAUGUGUAAUAUAUGGUUUAUUUUUUAUUUUUUUGAAUGAGAAAUAUAAUUUUUAAAACUUAAUAAGUUUAGUUUAGUUAAUCACUAUAUUCUGGCCCAACUUAGCUAGACUAAAAUCUCUCACGGAGAACUGAAAAUGUGGUUCUACACAAAUGUUUUUUAUUUUUAUUUUAUUUUCGUGGUCUAAGAUUUAUAGGUAGGUUCUAUCAAUAUUUUGAACUCAUAAAAGUGGGCGUAACACGGCAGUGCCCAGAAGUACGUGUGUGAAAUUUUAUUUAGAAUAUUGACAUUGGCUUCGGAUUUUAUUUCGUCAGGUGAAGGUCUUGUGGUGCUCGCAGUCAAUCGUUAAUGUAAGCCUGGCCUCUCGGAAGUUUCACGCUCUGUUGUAUCUAUAGUUAUUUAACUAUACACCAUUUAGAUGAUAAAUGGUAAAUUAGAGGAAAAUCAAUGAAGGCAAAAAAAAAAGAAAAUGCCGUGGUAUCUAGCAUAUGCAUAGGAUGUAAACUUGGCUCUAGCCCUGUUAGUUAUUCUCAUAAUUUCCUUUUCAAGUGAACCGAAUUUGGAUUUCAGAUGUAUAGCAUUGAACUAAUCCGAAUUUGGAAAUCUGGUGGGCUAAAAAAUUGAGGACUUAAA